AUUUUAUGACGUGGAUUUACUGUGUUCCAACUGUUCCUUUUGAUCCGAGCCCCAUUAGAUGGCUUUUUGCUGUGAAGAUGAAUGUGUAUGAGCUGUUGCUGAAUACAACCUAGGUCACAUUGGAUUAUUUGCUAUCUGUUUGCAGUGGUGCACAGAUGACCUCUAUGGGCAGCGCCUGGCUUUUGGAUCUACAUUUUUAACCAUGGUAAAACUUGCGAACCCUCUGUACACGGAGUGGAUUUUGGAGGCCAUACAAAAGGUAAAAAGGCAAAAGCAACGUCCAUCAGAGGAACGGAUUUGUCAUGCUGUGUGUGCUUCUCAUGGGCUUGAUAAAACACUGGUCUUUGAGCAGCUGGAACUCAGUGUACAGGAUGGGUCUGUACUUAAAGUACUUAAUAAAGGUGUUCCCUCUUACAAGGACCCAGAAAACCCUGGACGCUUUACAACCACCAUAGCUAGUCUUUUGCUGAAACCAGUCAAAGGGCAACAACGGUCAGUCGGUGCAGACUUGCGAAGUGUGGAUUGGAAUAAGCUCCUUCGUAGGGCAGUCGAAGAACUGCACGAGUCUAAUGGUUCCUCACUCAAGAAUAUUGAGAAGUAUUUGCGUAACCAGAAUGACUUGACUGGAAUUGUUGCAAACUCUAUUUUCCAGAGACGCUUGCGUCUUGCAGUUAAAAGGGCUGUUAAUAGUGGAAGGCUGCUAAAAGAUGGUCCACAGUAUAGGAUUAACUAUGGAGGAUUGGAAAGAAAAGAUUCAUCUCGAUACUGCAGUACUACCACCUCCUUGCUCCCACCAGUUUGCCUUCUCCCUCAUGAAAAGGACCAGCCUCGAGCUGAUCCCAUUCCCAUCUGUAGUUUUUGCCUUGGUACCAAGGAAUCCAAUCGAGAUAAAAAGCCAGAAGAGCUCAUAUCAUGUGCAGACUGUGGUAGCAGUGGUCAUCCAUCAUGUCUAAAGUUCUGCCCGGAGCUCACAUCCAAUGUAAAAGCUUUGAGGUGGCAGUGCAUCGAAUGCAAAACCUGCAGUGCCUGUAGGAUUCAGGGGAAAAAUGCAGAUAAUAUGCUUUUCUGCGACUCUUGUGAUAGAGGAUUCCACAUGGAGUGCUGUGACCCACCGCUGGCACGAAUGCCAAAAGGAAUGUGGAUUUGUCAGGUUUGCCAGCCAAAAAAGAAGGGACGUAAGAUCCUCCAAGAAAAAGCUGCUCAAAUCAAGAGGCGAUAUGCUAAACCAGUGGGACGACCAAAAAGAAAACUAAAACAACGAAUGUUGUGUAUUUCCAAUGAAGAAGUUCCUCUGAUUUCUUUCCCAGGAAGAGGGCCAUCUGGUAGGAGUCAAAAAACUAAAAUGUGUACCACCACACUGCCAUCUGGUCAUGCUGCAUCUGUGAAGGACCCCAUCUGCAGCCUUGCUGCAACUGACAGCACUAGACCCGGCCCCCAUUCCAUCAGCUCCACCUUCACUUCCACCUGCUCCCCCCUGAAAGUUAAUGAGAAAACGAAAGGGCUAAUUGAUGGCCUCACUAAGUUUUUCACUCCAUCACAUGAUGGACGCAGAUUUCGCAGACGAAUUGUAGACUUGUCUGUGCACUACAGACCUAGAAAAAAAACUAAUGAUACUGAGGCUUCACAUAAGUUAAACUGUUCCCCUCAGCCUUCACAACCAGCUCCUUCUCCUCUUUUACAUAUCACCUCCAUGCCAGGUAAUAGCCCAGGCUCACAGAAAUCCAGCAAUUCUACCACUUCUAAUUCCCCACAGAGUUCAUCAAGCCACUCCAGUGCACCUUCACUCAGAAGCCUCCCCAGUAACAGUCAUCUGAAGGGGCUCUUUGAUGGACUGUCCCACAUCUAUGCAACCCAGGGGCAGCCACGCCAAAAAAGCCAUCCAAGCUAUGCACCUCCAAAACGUAUUCGCCGCAAAGGCAGACUCUACCCUUCAACCCACUAUUUUGGCAAGAGGGAAACUAGGAGUAGACUUCUUCUCCCACACUCUAACCAGUCUGGCUGGGCAGUAUCCCGGUGUCAAGCUUUAAGAGUAUUUGCCCAGUUCAAGCGUUCAUCAUUCCUUAUCAAGCACAGGACACUAGGCAGGUUAAAGUAUAAAGCAGGAACCAUAGGGGCAAGAGACAUUGCAACAGAAAAGAUCAGUCUGGCAGACAACAAGACUAAGUCCACCCAGGAUGAUGAUACUGACCUGAGGAUGACUAUUAAACAACAGAUAUGGGAUAUGAUUUGCUUUCCAAAAAGGCCUGACUUUGUCACCCAGGAAGAUGUUGACACAUUCAGACAGGCUUUUGAACUGUCUUUCGAGAAAAUGGGAUGCAAAGCUCUGGGUGACCAUACUGGCCGAUAUCCCUCAGUCAUUGAAUUUGGAAAAUAUGAAAUUCAGACAUGGUAUUCCUCACCUUACCCACAGGAAUAUGCAAGAUUACCUAAGCUUUACCUGUGUGAGUUCUGUCUGAAGUAUAUGAAAAGUAAGACUAUCCUCUUGCGACACUUAAAGAAGUGUGGCUGGUUCCACCCGCCUGCCAGUGAAAUCUAUCGGAAAGAUGACCUUUCUGUAUUUGAAGUGGAUGGGAACAUCAGCAAAAUCUAUUGCCAAAAUUUAUGUUUGCUAGCCAAGCUCUUUCUGGACCACAAAACACUCUAUUAUGAUGUUGAGCCUUUCCUUUUUUAUGUCCUCACCAAAAAUGACAAGAAGGGUUGUCAUUUAGUUGGAUACUUCUCAAAGGAGAAACUUUGCCAGCAGAAAUACAAUGUGUCGUGUAUUAUGAUAUUGCCUCAGUACCAGCGCCAGGGAUUUGGAAGGUUCCUUAUUGACUUUAGUUACUUGUUAUCACGAUGUGAGGGGCAAGCAGGCUCUCCUGAGAAACCCUUAUCAGACUUAGGACGCCUAUCCUAUCUGGCUUACUGGAAGAGUGUCAUAAUAGAUUAUUUUUGUACUCAUCAUGAGAAGCAGAUAAGUGUGAAAGGUCUAAGUCAGGCGACAGGAAUGUGUCCACAUGACAUCGCAACUACGCUGCAGCAUCUCAACAUGAUAGACAAAAGAGGAGACAGCUUUGUUAUUAUCAGACGGGAUAAACUCAUGGAUAAUUGCAUGGUAAAAUUAAAGUCUCAACCUCGGAUAAAUGAGGUGGAUCCAGAUUGUCUCAGGUGGACACCAGUCAUCUCACCAAAUACUGCUGUGUCUGAAGAAGAGCAGGAGGUGGAAAAGGAGACAGAACUUAUGGAACAGGAAUACUGUGACAAGAGAAAUUACCAGCACUUGAACUCCCCUGAAAGUGACCCCAAGCGGUCACCAUCCACGGAAGUUGCUGCAGCCACAUGUCCUGUUCUUACAAGUGCUACCUCAUUAGCCCCUGCUGAGGUGAACCUCACAGAGAAAAGUAAAGAAAGCAGUGAGAAAGAACACGAGGAACGUGCCGAAUCCACCCCACCAAUACUGACCAAAUCCCAGACACUCGCAAUGAAGAGAAAGAAAGCCUUUGCAUUAAGGAGAAGGCGUGGACGAAAACGUCGGAGACAAAAUAGCAGUGUUACUACAGAAACAAUCUCUGAGACCACUGAAGUCCUAAAUGAGCCAUUUGAGGAUUCUGAUGAAUCCUGCACUGAGCCACAGGAAUACUACAUGGAGCAAAAAAGUGAUGCCAGAAGAGGCACCCAAGAAGAACAUGCAGCUAACAGAACCACAGAGUUACCACGCAGGCGAGAAGAGACUAAUACAAGUCAUGUAGGAGACGUUUCGCCAAAUAAGGUAAAAAAACAUAAUGCCCUAGAAAAGGCUCUGGAUCCAUCUCCAAGAAAGCAGAGCUGGCCUAUAGGGUUGAAGAGAGGGCCUGCUAAGAGAAGAUGUAAUGUGGACCGAAAGUCUGGAUUUAAACUCAACUUGUACACUCCUCCAGAGACUCCCAUGGAACCAGACUAUCAGGCUCAGAUUGAAGAACCAAAAGUUGAAGAGGAAAGGGAAGUAAAUGAAGAUGAAAAGGAUCUACAUCAGGAAGAUAUUGUGCAGGCCACUGAAGAAAUUCAAGCACCUGUUGAAGGACCUGUGAAUUCUGUGAUAGAACUACCAAGUCCAUGUAGCACAAAUCUGGAAAAGGAAGAAAAGAAAGAAGAUGAAGCUAUGCAGCUUGAAGAGAGUGAAAAUGGUAAAGUAGAUGAGGCAAUGCAGGAGGUUAAUGAGAGGACAGAUGGCAGCUUGAAAAAGGAGAAAAAAGAUGUGCAAGAAGAAAGAGGGAAGGCAGACAAUGCGUUGGAAAGUAUAAACUCCUCAGUAACAGAGCAACCUUGUGAGCUUGCACUACCAAAUGAGGAGGAGGAAGAUGAAGAAGACCAGUGUAAUAAUGAAGAUCAUGAUGCUGAUGAUGAAGAUGAGAGCCAUAUCAAUACCUCAAAGAAAGAGAUACCAGUUCAACCUUUUCAGGAGACUUUAGGGCAUCAGGAGAGGUUUUUAGAAUUAGGUAUAGCAAACACUGCAUCUCAGCCAGAUAUUUUGAGCAACAUUUGUGAUGAAAUAAUUGAAGUAAAGCAACCUGUACAGCCAUUAAAUGGACAGCUAACUGAAACAGAGGAGCCAGUCAUUGUUCCAUGUGAAACAUCCCAAGUGGGAUUAGCAUCAGACCUAACUGGUGAUGCUGGCGAUGGAUUAGACAUUGAGUCAGAAACUGUACAAGCUGUUCAAUCUCUAACCCGUGAAAGUGAGGAGCAAGAUGAUGCCUAUAGAAGUUGUUCUGAAGCACAAGAAACCUGUCAUAAUCUUCAAAGUUAUGCCCAGAGUCCAACUGUUGUUACAGAAGACUGCCAUCAGUCUGACCAUAGUAGCCCAGUGUCCCCUGUUCACUCACAUCCUAGUCACUCUUUCAGGUCCGCAAACAGCCCCAGUGCACGUUCUCUGGAAAGUAAUUUUGCUCAGAUAAACCCUGAGCAGACAGCCAUAUCUGUUCCUUCAUUACAGAACAUUGAAACUAGCCCCAUUAUGGAUGUGUCAUCUGUGUCUGAUCAUUCACAACAGGUUGUGGAUAGUGGGUUCAGUGACUUGGGUAGUAUUGAGAGUACUACAGAGAACUAUGAUAACACAAGCAGUUAUGACUCUAGCAUUGGAGCAGGCACCUUACCCUCACAAAAUAGCUGUUCAUUUAAUGGAGGAAUGACAUCCGCUAACUUGACAAAAAGUAGUUGUGCUAUAACACAACAAAUGUCUGUUAUGAACAAUAGCUGCAGCAUUAUUGGUUCUCCACCUCCCCAGCCACCUUGCAAUGUCAAGUCCCCACAAGUUUGUACAGUAGAGAGACCUCCAAGUGUUGGUCAACAACAGAAGCAGCUUGCCCCAUGUGGAAGGGCAAGCACAGGUUUUGCUUUGCCAGACAUACCUGAUACUGGAGGUGGUGGACUUGGAGGGCUGUAUGAGAGAAUAGGACAAGGAGACUUUGCACCUAGACAUUAUCCUCAGACCUCUGCUACCUUCAGCCUUGCCAAACUUCAGCAACUGACAAACACCUUAAUGGAUCACUCCCUGCCUUAUAGCCACGCACAGGCUGUAACAUCCUAUGCAAAUGGUGCCUCUCUUACUUCUCCACUAAGCAACAUGGUGCAGCUUAGACAGUCACCACAUUCUGUUACUCAACAAUCUCAAGCCACAAUGACUCCUCCUGCAAACCUCACACCACCACCACCGAUGAAUUUGCCAUCACCCCUCCUUCAGAGGACCAUGUCCACUGGACACAUGAGACUUUCUAACAGUCAAAGACAGCAGACACACAUGGGAGCCAAAACCCAUAUGUCCAUGCGGACCAAAGUAUCUUCAUUGCCUUCAGGAGCUCCUUCUGGGCCCCAUCAUUCACAGCUGUAUGGUCACGCACCUCCUCCACAGACUGUGGCCAUGCAGCCUGCCUCCCGGUCUCUCACCAUGCAGCGUGGAAUGAACAUGGGUGUUAAUCUGAUGCAAUCUCCUGCUUACAAUGUGAACCCAGUAAAUACACUAAAUGCAAUGGGUGGUUAUCGGAUGUCUCAGUCGAUGAUGAACAGUGGAUACCACACAAACCAUGCAUACGUGAACCAGAACCCUCAGUACCCAAUGCAAAUGAGCAUGAUGGGUAGUCAGCCUUAUGCGCAGCAGUCAAUGCAGACCAGCCCUCACAGCAACAUGAUGUACUCCAGCCCUGGGCAUCAUGGUUAUAUGAAUACACCAGUGCCCAAACAGUCACUAAAUGGAUCAUACAUGAGGCGGUGAGUUGCCCUUUCAGAUACCAGCAUCCGUACAUCCUCUCCCCCUACUCUCGAGCAGCUGCAAAAUGGAAUCUACACAAUGGAAUUGUAUGCAGGACACAGACUCUCUUAGUUUUUGGCUCACUUUUUCUGAUGAUGAAAUUCGACCUCGCGUUACUUAUGUUCUAGGAUAAUCUUUAUAUCAUCUUUAUUGCAGCACAAUUCUAUUAACACAAAGUAUAUUCGUAUUGUGCAUCACUGAAGGUGACCACAUUCAUUGGGAAUUUACGUUUUCUAUUUAGUAAUGCAUACUGUAUUAAAAGAUUACUAUUUCUAUAAUUUAUUUUACCUCUUUGCCCUUGAUUUUGACCAGGCCCCCAUUUUGAAUGCCAUUGACCAUGCUAAGCGGCCUUCUGAUUUCAUUCUGACUAGCAUUCUUCUUAAUAUUAAAUGUACCCCUAAGCAGUGAUAUUUUUAUUGGAGGGCUUCUGACUACAGAGAGACCCAACAAUCACCAAAAUGAGGAGCGGUAUUUCCUCUUCAAGAUUACACUGCACAUCGUCUCGCGACAGCGCAGGGUAAUUACAAGUGCUUGUUCUGUUUCAGGAGGCAUGCUGCGGGCAUUAGAUCAAAAGUAAUUAUUACCGGAAGCAUUCCAAGCAAAAGGAAUAUACUCUGUUAUGCCUAGUGCAGAGCCUGUGGGACUGUCCAUGACUGCAAUAAAAGAACAAGAAGAAGAAUCCCUGUGUUGUCCCCCUCUUCAGUGCGCUUUGCAUGACACAUAGAAACAUAGAAUGUGUCGGCAGAUAAGAACCAUUUGGCCCAUCUAGUCUGCCCAAUAUAUCUGAAUCCUAUGAAUAGUCCCUGGCCCUAUCUUAUAUGAAGGAUAGCCUUAUGCCUAUCCCAUGCACAGUAUAUAAAUUUUCCUUUUAUAAAGUACUAGAGCAUAAUCACCUUUUUAAGGCUAGUUUCACACUAGCGACAAGGAACUCUGGUGAGCUGUACCGGCGGGUGAACAGCCUGUCUCAUCCGUGCUGCCACUAGUGCACGCCUGCCCCGGACUAUUGCCCUGGCCCCAUUGACUAAAAUGGAGGUGGGCCGGAGUUCCGGCGGCAGCAUGGCAAACAUGUCGUAGUUUUAUUCCGGCUGCCUCUCUGCAUGUUUGCGAUGCUGCC